AUGGAGGGCAACACUGCAGUCAUUGGCAAGAAGCGGCGUGCAUCAGACAAUGCCACUGGACGACGCGAGAAGUCGAAGACCAGCCAGCCGCUAUCUACUGACCUUGUCAAUGCAGUCACGGCGUCGGAUGGCUCAGGGCUAAUUGUUCAGAAAAAGCCUUGCAAGGUACGGAGUGACAAGGGCGUGAAGAAGGGUCCCAGGAAGAAGGCGGCAGCAGAAUGUGGCGGCCAGCCCUAG